UCCCGGCCAGUGCCUCUGCUUCCGGCUCGAGUUCUCUCUUCUCCCACAUACGCUUCGCCAUGUCCGAGACCGCGCCUGCCGCGCCCGCCGCACCGGCCCCCGCCGAGAAGACACCCGUAAAGAAGAAGGCACGGAAGGCCGCAGGUGGCGCGAAGCGCAAGGCGUCCGGACCCCCGGUGUCCGAGCUCAUCACCAAGGCUGUAGCCGCCUCCAAGGAGCGCAGCGGCGUGUCCCUGGCCGCGCUCAAGAAGGCGCUGGCGGCCGCCGGCUACGACGUGGAGAAGAACAACAGCCGCAUCAAGCUGGGGCUCAAGAGCCUGGUGAGCAAGGGCACCCUGGUGCAGACCAAGGGCACCGGCGCCUCCGGCUCCUUCAAGCUCAACAAGAAGGCGGCUUCCGGCGAGGCCAAGCCCAAAGCCAAGAAGGCAGGCGCGGCCAAGGCUAAGAAGCCCGCGGGCGCAGCCAAGAAGCCCAAGAAGGCUGCGGGAACAGCCACUCCCAAGAAGAGCACCAAGAAGACCCCAAAGAAGGCGAAGAAGCCAGCUGCAACUGCAGGAGCCAAAAAAGCUAAGAGCCCGAAGAAGGCGAAAGCAGCUAGACCCAAGAAGGCGCCCAAGAGCCCUGCCAAGGCGAAAGCGGUGAGGCCUAAGGCGGCUAAGCCAAAACCCGCCAAGCCUAAGGCAGCUAAGCCAAAGAAAACUGCAGCCAAGAAGAAAUAAAUUUCCUUUGGCCGACUGCUUAGAAGCCCAACAACCCAAAGGCUCUUUUCAGAGC